GUAAACAACAAUAAGGAAGUGGAACGAGAAGUCCCGAGGUGCAAAAUGCAACCGUCACGCUAAGUACAAUAGAAGUGAUUUCUACUUUUCAGCGCGCUCCAAUCUGGAUUAUUAUGCACUAGUUAUUCUCUACAGGCGGCGCUAACGAUGGAGGGCUCCAAGUCGUCGAGCACAACCAUGCAGGUCAGCUUCGUGUGUCAGCGGUGUUGUCAGCCCCUCAAACUGGACACAUCCUUCAAUGUGCUCGAUCGGGUCACAAUACAUGAACUUAUCGCUCCGUUGGUCACAGUGACCCCCAGCAAACAGGCUGACAGCACUGAUGGGGAGACAGCACCAGAGGAGACCUUUGCAGAAAACAAGCAAGAUGGAGUGUCAAGAAAGUACAUCCCUCCUGCACGGAUGAUGUCCACAGAGAGCGCCAACAGCUUCACACUGAUCGGAGAAGCAUCGGAUGGUGGCACCAUGGAGAAUCUCAGUCGCAGGCUGAAGGUGACUAGUGACCUGUUUGACAUCAUGUCGGGUCAGACUGACGUGGACCACCCGCUGUGUGAGGAAUGUACCGACACCCUGCUGGACCACCUGGACACACAGCUCAACAUCACAGAGAACGAGUGCCAGAAUUAUAAGCAGUGUCUGGAGCUGCUGUCACACCUGCAGGUGGAGGAAGAGGAGACUCUGCUGGCAGAGCUGCACCAGCUGAAGGAGGAGGAGGAGGCUCUGGUCCAGGAGCUGGAGGCAGUGGAGGAGCAGAGGGCUGCUGUGGCCCAGGACCUGACGCAGAGCAGGGUCCACUCUCAGCAGCUGGACACAGAGGAGCUACAGUACCAGAAGGAGUACAGCGAGUUUAAACGGCAGCAGCUGGAGCUGGAUGAUGAGCUUAAGAGUGUCGACAAUCAGAUGCGCUACUGCCAGAUUCAGCUCGAUCGACUGAAGAAGACCAACGUCUUCAAUGCAACCUUUCACAUCUGGCACAGCGGCCAGUUCGGUACCAUCAACAACUUCCGUCUGGGUCGACUCCCCAGCGUCCCGGUGGAGUGGAAUGAGAUCAACGCUGCCUGGGGGCAGACGGUGCUGCUGCUGCACGCUCUCGCCAACAAAAUGGGGCUGCGCUUCCAGAGAUACCGUCUGGUCCCGUAUGGAAACCACUCCUACUUAGAGUCACUGACAGACAAGUCCAAGGAACUUCCUCUGUACUGCUCAGGUGGCCUGAGGUUCUUCUGGGACAAUAAAUUCGACCAUGCCAUGGUGGCCUUCCUGGAUUGUGUCCAGCAGUUCAAAGAGGAGGUGGAAAAAGGAGACACUGGCUUCUGCCUUCCCUACAGGAUGGACGUGGAGAAGGGAAAGAUCGAGGACACGGGCGGCAGCGGCGGCUCCUACUCCAUCAAAACCCAGUUCAACUCUGAGGAGCAGUGGACCAAGGCGCUCAAGUUCAUGCUCACCAACCUGAAGUGGGGACUGGCCUGGGUCACCUCACAGUUCUACAACAGAUAGACUCUGUGGACAGUUCUUUGUGACACUGCGUGGUCACAUGACCCCUCUGAUGAAUGGAUUACGUGUGAAUCUUAUUGCUUGGCCAAAGGAAAAGAAAUGGUUACGUGUGCACCAUUUUGAACGUCAGUACAAGAGAAGCAUCUAGAUCUUUAGUCCAGAUUGUCUGUUGUUACAUGUUACAGUGAGGGGACAGUUUGUAUCUGUUCUGCUGCAGAGUGGAGUUUAUAAAGUGCGGGCCCACUUUGGAAGCAGCUAAGACGUCCCAGGUUGUAGUCACGUCCCAUAAAGGAGGCAGGGUGAGAUAACUACCUGUGCUUCUUUUUCUUUUUAUCGUCUGCUUCACUAAUUAAUAUCUGGCUUUUUUCCUGAAGAGCUGACGUUGCAUUAAGACGACGUCACGCUUCCUUCAAGACUAGAAUGUAAUUUAAAAGAACCCUUCACCAAAUUCACUUCUAACCACUUUAUCAAGUUCAAGGUUUCCUUGCUCUGCUGUUGCACUGCACACCUUUGUAAUCACUGUGUAACUUUCUCCACAGUGAGAGAAAAAGUUUGUCAAAGUCCCGAUUAUAUAAGCUGUAAGAGUAUGAUGUGAUCGUUGCGGUCAAGGUCGGGUUUUUAAUAGAUGAUCACUGUUUAGUAUUCAACUAAAGUGUCAGUAUUUCAUUAACCUCUGAUGUCGUUAUCACGUUCGCCAGUUACACACGUACGUUGAAGGCAGACUGAUGUGUUUGGAGGUUCACUGAUACAGCUCCUUUGUGUUCAUCCUGUGCACCAUCACAUUGUUUUACAUAUGAUGAAUACUUUUAACAGUGGGAUUUGAGUUAAUAAAACAUUUCAUGCUGUGAAAAAAUGUCUGGUGUGGGGACCUUCUUAUUGGUUAGACAUAUUCAACCCGUGCAGUGAUGUAAUCGCAAACACUGAAACACAUUGGAAACUACACAGGGCCAGCUUAAGACUUUUGGGGGCACCACGCAGGGUUUUGUCCUGGGGCCCUGCUCAUUGUAACAUGUACAAAUGACACUAAACCAAACUGUGCAUUGUGAUUAUUAGUUCAAAACACAAAUAAUGUGCAAAUAAGCAUGUAAAGACUGAAGUGUAGGGGUGUUGUGAUAUACCUGUAUUGACGACAAGUGUGAUGUUUAAAAAUAAAACAUCUAUAUCAUGUUAAUAACACAAAUAUGUAUCAUGUAAAUAAUCCAGCACUUCUUAAAUCCUUCCCUUUCUUGCUUAUUUUUGCCUUGUCACUAUCCAUUACAGGGAUAGUUCAGGUUUUUGUAAAUGUGAUGAUAUGGGGUACUGAUACAUAGACAAUAUAAUACAUACAUGCAGUAGAUAUAAGUCAGCACAACCCCAGUUUAGGGAAGCAGGCUGGAGUACAACAGAAGCUAAGCAACAUACUGCUGCGGAGGGGUCGGUAACAAAACAUUUUUAACCACCUAAAAAAAAAAAGUUUAGGUGUUUGUUUUUUUUUUACAUAUAUAUCACUACUGUUCCAUCAGACAGCCUGUUUUGUUGGGAGAGCUGUGAACGGCUUCAGUUCCCCAUCUAUGCUUUUAUCAAAGCCACCAGACGCCAUUGAGAAAAACAGCAAUUUUACCUUGUUGAACACAAAAGCAGCCGGUCUGUUGCUGCUUUGAUCACAUAGUUAGUUUGUGUUACUGUGUGACUUUGGUGAAGCUGAAUAAACCCUUUUAAAGACUUAAGUCCCACGCUAACACACACACAACAACUUAACAAGGCAGCAGUAGACCAGCAGCUCCUAUUAUCAGCAAUGUUAAAUUACUGUUUUUCUCAGUGGAGUCUGGAUUUAUGUAGAGAGAUAGAAUGGCUUUAUUAUCACUGUCUAACAUCAAGGUAAAGAGGUGAAAAUACUCUCAAUACAGCAUACACUUAAAGUGAUAUUGAUUUUUUUAGGUGGCUAAAAUACAUUUUGUUGCUGACCCCUUCACAGCAGUUUAUUACUUAGUAAUACUGUAUGUAAUACACUGUCUAUGGAUAAGUAUAUCGUACAAUCCCACUUCAAAAAAAGUGAACUAUCCCUUUAAGUGUAAUUGCUCUUUUUGUACAGUUAUGGUUACAGACUCUCUCUCUCUAUACAGUAUCUACCCACCCUCAUGUUCUGAGUAACUCAUUUGCCAAAAAAAAGACAAAAUGCACACUAAACAAAGUUAAACAUCAUUUUGACUGACAGCAAAUGUUCUAUACUAUAUGUUGUGAUAGUUUUGUUACUUUGAACUUUUGAUCAUGAUAAUCACAUAGUGAAAUGUAAUAUAAUGCCAGCCCCAAGUGAGACCUAUAAGCAGCAACUCUAUCCUUUAAUAGACCACAAUAAGUACAGUAUUUGUCUAGUAGGGCUUUUUUUAACCACCAAAUACUAGAGUGCUUGUUUUCUAGUGGACAGUAAAUUACUUGGACGUCCAUUUCACCAAUCACUGAUCUUAUUUGUCACUAUGUGGUGGCACAAACGGCUCAAAAUGUUGUCAUUUUUAUUUUGUUGAAGUCUUGUUUUAAUUUAAAAAAAUAUUUAGACCAGAGGGCCUUCAGCAACUGUGUGAACUUGGUAAAAAGCUUCCAAAUGGUGUAGUUGAAAAUAUCUUUUUUUUUUUGUUUUGUUUUUUUUACAAAAGGCUUCAUCGUUCACUAAGUAUCUUAAUUUUUAAAUUUAAAACAGCUCAUAGUUUACAUUCUAACCUCAUGAACUGAAUAUUAUUUAAAAGAAUCAGAAUCUACGCUUUAUUGAGCCUGUGUGUGCAUUAACUUCACUUCAGUUUACACUUCUCAAUAUGUGUGUAUGUUCUGAAAUGUACUUUAAAUCAGCCACUACCAUUACCACAAUUACUGCUACGACUACAAUGACUGUAUACCUUCAGCUAGAGAAACCAUUCAAAUGCCAAAACGUUAUGCUCUGUAAGGAUUUUCAGAUGUUUCUGGCAACUUUCUGCAUUUUCAGCCAUGGUUUUGAAUUUCAGUGUUCAGCAUCCACACAUAUUUUCUGCAGGAAAUGUAUUUUCUAGUUUCUCUUGAUUUGCCUUUGAUACUUUUUGUUUAAGGACAGUGUUACUUGCUGUGAGUUCUCUGUGUUAAGAUGAUGCAGAAAGUUUUAAUAAAUGUUUAAUAUCUUCUAAUGCAUUUUUCUAUAGAACUAUAGAGGUAUAAAAAAACAGGCUGUGUCAAAUUAUGUCAAAGGAGAUUGAGAACCUCUGCCUGGCUCUGUAACAGUGUGUCUACAGGUAUCAGACUUACAUUUAAUGCUUUUUUAAGACCUUUUCAAGGUAUUUUAUAGCCAAAAUAAGACUGCAUGAAUAAUUGAAUGAAUAAAUACUUG